CAGUUCCGAGCGCCCAAGCGUUCGUCUCCUUAGCGACGAUGUCCGGGCGGAGGGGCCGGAGCCCGCUGCAGGGGGCUCAGCGGCGGGGCCGCGAGUUGCGGCAGCAGGUGGAUGCAUUGCUUGCUGACAGCAAGGAGAGGGGGGCCCUAGACCCUGCGAAAAGGAAGUACCUUUUUCAGAGAUGUAUGGAGUUGAAGAAAUCAGUGGAUGAAAAUACAUCUGUUCUUCAAAACUUGAAAAAAACUGAUGAGCCUGCACCUGUGGGGAAUUAUAAUCAGAGAAAAGAGGAGGAAGAAAAACAACUGUUAAAACUCUCUCAGCAGCUCCAGAAACUUGCUGCAGCCCUGAGUCAGGACAAUGUGACCAAGGGUUACACUGUAGAUGGGAAAUGUCAAAAUAGUCCUCCAACAGAACAGGAAAAUGAGGAAGAGGAGGAUGAGGUUGAAGAAAGUAGUGGGGAAGAAGAUGCUGAAGAGGAGGAGGAUGAAGAAGAGGAUGAUGAUGAUGAAUUGGAAGAUCAGCCAACAAUUAAAGAAUGUAUCACAGUUGGUGAUUUUGUUGCUCAGCAGGAAGGGGAUCUCACGUUUAAGAAAGGUGAAGUGUUGCUCAUACUUGACAAAAAGCCUGAUGGUUGGUGGAUGGCUAAAAAUUCCAAAGGGGAGAGAGGCCUUGUUCCUAAAACCUAUCUCAUGGCAUGCAAUAAAGGAGUUGGCCAAGAGCCAAGUGAAGAGGAAAGUGAGGAAGACAUAGAGGUGGUUGAUGAAACAGCAGAUAAAACCGAAAUUAAAAAAAGAACAGAUUCUCACUGGAGUGCUGUUAGAAAAGCUAUCACAGAGAAUAAUACCAUUGAUGUGUUGGCAACCAUGGGAGCUGUUCCUGCAGGAUUCCGACCAUCAACUCUCUCCCAACUCUUAGAAGAAGGGAAUCAGUUUCAAGCCAGUUACUUCAUACAGCCUGAAUUGACUCCUUCACAACUGGCUUUCAAAGACCUAGUGUGGAACCCCGAAAAAGACACUAUUCAGCCAAGACCAACUCGAGUAUCACUGAUUUUAACUUUAUGGAGUUGUAAAAUGAUUCCUCUUCCAGGAGUGAGCAUACAGGUUCUCAGUAGACAUGUUCGACUCUGUCUUUUUGAUGGUAACAGGGUACUGAGUAACAUUCAUACAGUUAGAGCUACAUGGCAACCUAAAAAUCCCAAAACAUGGACCUUCUCUCCACGGGUAACAGGCAUUUUACCCAGCCUGCUUGAUGGUGACUGUUUUAUCAGGUCCAAUUCUUCAUCUCCAGACAUUGGUAUAUUAUUUGAACUUGGCAUCACUUAUAUUCGCAAUCGCAUCACUAAAGGUUGUUUGGAGGCUUUACAACUAUGCAUUUCCUUAUUGAGGGCUUGUCUACAUGGUGCAGCAAAGUAUGCCAGAGGGUCAACUGGUGAAAGAGGAGAGUUAAGCUGUGGUUGGGCAUUUCUAAAACUCUUCGACUCCAGUGGAAUUCCAGUUUCUUCCAAGACAUACGAGCUUCUUUUGAAUGGUGGCACACCCUAUGAGCGGGGUGUUGAGGUGGACCCAUCAAUAUCAAGAAGAGCAAGCAGUGGUGUUUUCCAUCAGAUGAUAACACUGAAGAAACAGCCUCAACUUCUAGUGAAACUGAGAUCAUUAAGCACACGAUCAAAAGGCAUCCUGAAUCUGCUACCAGAAACAUUAAUUGGCAGUAUGUGCUACAUUCAUCUCUUGAUAUUUUAUCGACAAAUUCUCAGUGAUGUGCUGCUGAAGGACAGAAUAAGCAUGCAAAGUGCUGAUUUAAUCAGUAAUCCUAUUUUAGCAACUUUCCCCAAACUCAUGGAGCAGCCUGACCUUAUGGAUGCACUUAGGAGCGCUUGGGCAGAAAAGGAAAGCACAUUAAAGCGAUCAGAAAAGAGAGACCGAGAAUUUCUGAAGUCUGUGUUUUUCCUGGUGUACCAUGACUGUGUCUUCCCUCUUCUCCAGUCCACUUUCCUCCCGGAGCACAAGUGGGCAGACGAAGAGUCUGAAGCCUCGCGCUGGAAAGUGAUUGCUGACUUCCUGAAGCGGAACCAAGAAAAAGACAGUGCACUCUACUCUCUGCUCUCCUCAGAAAGUGUUCACAAAGCUUUCGAUAUUUCAGAGAUCGCAUACGACUUCCUAGGACAAGCGAGGAAGAGCAGUGCCUCAGUUUGAGUGGACUUUAAGGCACUUACACUGUCACGUGUACAAGACUAAAUUAAAAACAUAACUAAUCAUCUGACCAAAAUGAGACAGAAUUAUAUUCCCAUGUGGGCUGGGUUUAUUGUUUGUCCAAAGGAUAUUUUGCAAGCAAAUUGUAUUGUACAUCACAAUAUUUGCACGUCAUAAACUUUCUUUUUUACACAGCA